UGUUUUUGUUGUUUUUGAUGCUUUGUCAUGUUUUCACAUGCCCUGUUGGUCCACUCAGUUGCAUCAGAUGAAUACUUUUGAAAGAAAAACUAAGGAACACUAGCUUUCAGGAGCUUAAUAUUAAAUAAUCAACGAAUCUGUUAAGGGAGUUAAGCGAUAAAGAUGUCUCUGAGUUCAUUAAACAAACAGGACUACAGUUAAUCGGACUGAAUCAUCUCGUCCACACUCCCAAGCAGAAGGUAGCGCUAAUGCACCUACAACGGUAAUUGUUUCAUGCCGUUAAAAAUAAAAGGGAAGAAGAAAAAAGGAUGACGAUUAAAGAAAAUGAAGAAGAAGCUGAAGCUGAUUUCACUGCGCAGUGCGGGUACGCAGAGAAGAUAUUAACAGGGAGGCUUCAUUCUUGACGUUAUUCCAAACUAUACGCAAGAGAGAUUUCUCAUCAAACUUGCAGUGAACUAUAGCUCAAAGAAUGGGAAGAAGUAUAUAUGGUGGUUUUAACGCGGAAUGCCUGGUUGUCUCCACUAAACACCGAUUACUACUCUUCAGUGGUAUAUUCAGGAGGGACUAGCUUCGGGAAAGCAAACAAGCUAGCAAUACAGGGUAGCUUCGCAGUGAGGCUACCUUGCUAAACUUUUCCUGGCACGAAUUUUGCAGCUAACAUCUGUCGCAUGCACAGAAAGAGAAAAUGGUGUACCUGUUAAAUCCUAUAGAGAACCUCAGAAGCUACAUCAACAACCGUCCACCCCUGGUCAUUUUUAUGAUCAGUGUCAGUGCAGUGGCCAUCGCCUUCCUGACUAUCGGUUAUUUCUUCAAAAUAAAGGAGAUCAAGUCUCCAGAGUUGACAGAGGACUGGAACACCUUUCUGCUGCGCUUUAAUGAGUUGGACUUUUGUGCAUCAGAGAAUGAAACGAUAAAGCAUGGCAUGAAUGAGUCAACCACACCAGAGAACAUGGUUGUGACCAGUGGCCAGGCUCGUCCCAGCACCCAGGCUCCCCUCCUGUUGGAGGACUCCGGUCCCAUCAACAUCUCUGUCCCCAUCACCCUCACGCUGGACCCCCAGCGCCCUUUUGGAGGAUACUCUCGCAAUAUUACCCACCUGUAUGCCACAGUGCUAGGGCAGCAAGUUGGCCUAUCUGGCCGAGAAGCUCAUGAAGAAAUAAACAUCACUUUCACCCUGCCUGUAUCCUGGAACUCAGACGACUGUGUACUGCACGGCCACUGUGAGCAGGUGGUGUUCAGCACUUGCAUGACUAUAACAGCGGCCAGCAAUAUCUUCCCAGUCACAGUGCAGCCGCCACACUGUGUGCCAGAGACGUACACCAAUGCCACAUCUUGGUACAAGGUAUUCACUACAGUCCGUGACUCAGAUACCAAGUACAGUCAGGACUACAACCCCUUCUGGUGUUACAAAGGAGCCAUUGGCAAGGUGUACCACGCACUCAACCCAAAGCUUACUAUCAUUGUUCCAGAUGAUGACCGGUCCCUCAUCAACCUACAUCUGAUGCAUACUAGCUACUUUCUGUUUGUCAUGGUCAUCACUAUGUUCUGCUAUGCAGUCAUCAAAGGUCGACCUGGCAAAAUACGACAAACCAACCCUGACUUCUGCCCUGAGAAGGUACAGCAGACACCAGCAGUGCUAUAUGAAGUGAACAGGUGGCACUGUCGGAGAGUUAAAAAGAUAGUGGAGAACUAUAUCAGAACUUAUCUGUAACAUGGACAAACUCAACAAAACAGAAGAAAUAAAAAUAAAACGUACCAGUUACCUAGUGAAGCUGGAAAUGCAAAAUGGGACACAAAAAGGUUCUGUAAAUGCAUUCAUCUUGCAGUGUUGGUUUCUCCAACCAAAGAUAUACAAGUGCCUGUAUCUGUGUUGUAAAUAUUUGUAGGACCUCUAAUACUCUGUGCAGAACCUUUAAUUUCUUUUUAUCUUAUUAUUUUUGCCUGAGUCCCCUUGUGCCAUGUCAGAACAUGCAGUACACAAACAAUGCAGAAGGCCAGGUGCAAGGAUGAUGUAGGCUUCCUUUUGAAAAGUCAGUCUUAUUUUAUCAGGCACAUAGAGCUGGGUUAUUCAAACCAUUCUAUGGCAUUUAUCACAGAUUUAGGCUUUGUUGUAAAUGUUUGAAUGUCUCAGAACCAUCUGUAAACAAGAUUUAUCUCCCAUGAUGAGAAAGCAUGAUGCUUAGUCACUCGCAAUAUGUUGAAGUGAACUGAAUACGCUUCAGUACCCGGCUUGAGAUAUUUGCUUGAGGAUGAGAUGCUUGUGACACAUUUCUCAUGAAGUCACCAGUAAGCACUCAUCACUGCGGCUUCAGCAGGGAAAAGAAUAAAUAUAGCACCCAUCUCCGCACCAAUCUCAACAAUAUGAUCAAAAGUCUUAUCCGAAUAAAGUCCAUUCACAGUGAGCUUUGCAUAAUUAGUAUGAUUGAGAGUUCAACUAAAUAAACUGUCUCUACGGAAUUAAAUAACAUCAAGUUUCCCCUGUUACUUGUUUCAGAAUAGGCCGGGAGACCAUUUUGUCUUUCCAACAUUGUGUCAUUCCCCUCUGCCACAGCCAUGCUUCUCCUUCUGUUUUAUUCCUGUAUGAUGAGCCUGUGGUUUGAAAUCAAGCUUGUGAUUUUUGUCCUAUAGUAAAUGUCAUAUUUUAUGGUAUGUUUGAAUUACAUUUGCUUUCACUUUAAGCUAAUCAGUCAGAUGCAUGUUCAAGUGUCUGCAUAAUUAGCACAUCUUCAGAUUUCUUGCACUUUUUGGGGGGGGGGGUCUACGAACACAUAAACUGUCUGCUGAAGGAACAAGUUGGACUCCUAAAAUUAUUUUGUAGUACAACAAAAUGUGUAGAAACUGGCUUGGUGUACAAGUGUGUGUGUGUGUGUGUGUGAGGGAGUUUGGGGAUUUAGAAUAAAGGCGGGUUUAGACUGUGAUUCUCUGAAGUCUUGCUUCAGGUGACUAUGUGGGUACAUGUGAGGGUAAUGGGAUUUAUUCAGUGCAUAUACUGACUUGACUGGGCACAGAAAUAAAACAGGUUCACCUCCAGUGACCUGCAUAUAAAAAGUCUUCACAUGAAUGGCUCUUAUUGUGUUGUACUGAAGCUCUAACUAUAGCUUUAAGGAUGAAAUUUCUGCUCUUCUAAUGGUUAUAUAUUAAUAUUUUGAGAGCAUGACUGACUUUGACAAUCAUUUAUUCUAAAUAUACUGCAAUGCAUAUUAGGUUUGUAACAAAGGGGGGAAAAACAACAGCAUUGUAAUUGGGUAAAGAUUAUUGUUGAUGUUAAAAUCCUGAGUGAUCAAGCACUGUCCACUGUGCUGUCUUCACAAAUGUAAAAUGUAUGAACAUUUUUCCAAUCCAGUCUUUGCCCAUAGGUGAAGCAGUAUAAAAUCUUCCUGCAGUCUUAAAGGAAAACUAAAGAGGAAAUAAUCUAAUUCUGCCUGUAAUGUCUGUUAUGUGUGACUUUUGAAAAUGGCAAUUACUGAUACAUUUGACUUACCUCUGUUAUUUUGUUCCUUAAUUAAUGUACCUGUUGAAUGUACUUUAUAUAUUUUUAUGAAGCAUAAUCUAAAUCAGAGAUGCAAGACUUUUGAGUGAUUUUAAACUGUGAUGUAGCUUUGUUUUGUUUUAUCCAGUGUGAAAGGCUUUAAUUGUGUUAGGUUGACUGGUAUUCAUAUCUUAUAAGUUUAAUCUUUUUGUGGCAUAAACAAAUUUCUUGCCACAUUAUUUUAUCAAUCACUGUGUGUGUGUGUGAUGGUGGAUGAGUGAAAGGUGUUGGGUUUUGGUCCUUGUGGUUAUGAUACCUAUGGUUUCCCCUCCAUAUUGAAUCUUUCUGAUUUUGAGGUGUAUCCAUAUUUGAGCAUGGAUCCGUUGCUUUUAUUAUCAUGGCUAGCUCCUGUGUGCUUAUGGUUGGACUUGUGCUCUUAUUUAUUUUAUUUUAUUUUUUUGAUUUGGGUGUUGAAGGUGUGAAUGAAGCAUGCUACGUUAUUGCCAAAUCGUCAUCCCUCUUUGUGUGAUUUUACUUUUCUCAUCUUUGGAUAGAAUUGCAUCUCUAAUAGCAAAAUGCCUUAACAUUAUCCUGUGUCAUUUGAGUUGUCUUUGUUUCAUUUGCCGCAUACUGUAAAACACGCCGGCUUUCCAGAAACGAAUCCAAAUACAAUACUCGCGUUAUGACUUCUGAGCUGCAAGGAACUCGGAUGACACUGAUUCUUGAGUGGAAUAGAUUUUUAAGGAAUGGAUGGCUGCUGUUGUGGUUUUGCUGCAAUGCCACUGUAUCUCAAAGGAUGGGAGUAAACACAGUGAAGCCAUAAGUUGCAACAUCUCAGUGUUCUUGGCUUGACAUUAAGCAAAACACACAAGUCUCUAAUGUAAGGCUGCCAUUUCACCCUGUUAUCCUUUCUGACAUGUUAGCAGUGCUUACAGAUGGCAAGUAUUAAGCCAACUCUGUGCCUUCUGCACUAUCAAGCUGCAUCCUCCUCCCUGUACAUACAGUAGAUACAGUAGGACUGUGGGUUUAAUGUGGCUAAAAUGUCAUUCAAAACCUUUUCCUCUCCAGUGAAACUGCUGUAAAUUAAUUCAAGUUUAAAUAAAUUGUCUCUGAAGCUCAA